CCAGACUGCGAGUAGUGCUGUGCGUGUUUGCCAGGCUCACUAUUAGUGUAAGAUAGGUAAAUAGCGUGCGCCCUUUACCAGCGGCCAGGCCGGUAUCAGUGACUCACUGCUCCCCUGUCGCUGCACAAUAGCUGUGUAGAUAACAGGUUACAGACUUAGCUUCAGCGGACAGAACACAGGCUCCACGUUCCGGCCAAAUGUUCCAGAAAUGUCUCCUUCUUCUUAUACCCGGCCUCCUGUCUCAGAGGGGCCUGGUACAGACGGUGACAGUGACUAUACCUGAGAAUGUGGUCGUGGGGAAGGCCGGCACGAGCGUCACCCUGCCGUGUACGUACUCCACCACUGUUAACUCUCAGUUUAAUCUUGAGUGGAAGUUUGCCGCUGGCACCACUCCGGCAGCAACCGGGCAACAGAUUUAUUACUACACAAGUGGAAAUUCGUACAAACCUGGAACGCAGGCGUAUCGGCUGAGUGUCGUCCAGAACCCCCCAACCUCAGGGGUUGCGUCAAUACAGAUAAAUAACCUUGCUUGGUCUGACAAUGGCACUUACGUCUGUGCGGUCAACAAUCCGCCGGAUUUCAGCGGCAUCGGAUCUGGGAUCAUACAGCUGUCUGUCCUGGUUCCUCCGACGUCACCAACUUGCCAGUCGAAGGGUAACACCCUCAUGGGACAAGAGGGGUCCCUGACCUGCUCCUCCACCGGCAACCCCACUCCCAUAUACAGCUGGUCCCUGGUGGGCUCCAAGACGCCUCUGCUCCCGGGAAUGAUGGAAAAUCAGGUUACAGGGUCGCUCAUCCUCACUAAUAUGUCACAGGCGAUGUCGGGGACCUAUCUCUGUACGGCCUCCAAUGAACUGGGACAAGCCACCUGCCAAGUGACUAUAGCAGUUUCAAGUGUCAGUGAGGCUGGCACUAUAGCUGGCGCAGUGGUGGGAGUGAUUCUGGCGCUGAUUCUGGUCGCCGCCAUCGUAUUCUACUUACUCUUCUACAGAAAGAAAAGGAAAAGCGUCCCAGCGGCCGACCAUCCGGGGAAUGAUAUCAGGGAGGACGCGGUCUCGCCGAUGGUGCCUGAAGAGCAGAGGCGAUCGGUGAAUAGUUAUAAUUCACAUGGAUCGAGAGGGAGGAACCAGAACAGAGUUGUUUAGAUAUAAGGUGUCAAAGCGCUGUAAUAAAUGUAAGAUGUACCUACUACCAGCCAAUGAAAUCCAUUCAGGAAUAUUUACCAGGGCGGAAGAGGACAUACCUACCUGGCCAACGCCCCUCUUACAGCUGGCACAGACGCAUUGUUACCCGGCACAGUUACCGUGUACAAACUAAACCCCAAAAUGUAAAUGUUAAUCUAUGAAAC